AUGAGCUCAGAUCAAAGAGGGCUAGAUAAGGGAGGGGCUAGUCUGCAAACUAGACAAGCACGUGUUUUGAGCGUAAAAGCUAGCUACAAGUUUGUGGUGGAAGCUACAGCAAAUACAGGGUCCAGAGGAAAUUGUAUCAUGGCUGAGGACAGCUCCCCCUUGCUAGCUCGAUCUCUUCCUCCAGAAAACUUUAUGAGUGGGCAUAAAUCAAGCUUGAAUGAUCGUCUUCUUAUGAGUGUUGACACACGUACACUAGGAGAGAACAUGUCCUACUUUUCAGAAGGAGAGCUUUCCUUCAUUGGUUCACAAGAGAGUAUAUCCUCAUUGCCAGCUUCUAGAGCACAAGCGUACGGUGCUAUGGCUUUGUCUCCCACUGGCAGUGACACGCAUGUGACGUUGAGUGAAUUUGAUGCGUUUCCAGUGAACGUCACUUGCACUCAUUGUAAAGAGCAAGUCAACACCACGGUUCGAUACAGGUGUGGGAAGGUGGCUAUCAUCUCUUCAGUACUUCUUGGUCUGCUAUGCUUUGGAGUGGGUUGUUUUGUACCGUGCUUUGCAAAGUCAUUGAAAGACGCUUCCCACGAGUGUCCAAAAUGUGGGACAUUGCUCGGAGUGUACAGGAGGAAGAUGAGCUGUGUGUCCUAGCAUAACUAUAUUAUAACCUGUUUAACGCGAUUGUAUAAAUAGGAAACCAAAUUUUUUAUACUAAGAUUCUAACUUUAUAUGUACUGUUUGUCGUACAUGCAUGUAUGUUUGAUGGUUACGUGCAAUUAACUUCAAUCUGUUUUGCUUGAAUGUAAAA